AUGAAAAAAAAAUUUGAUUCGUUAAAGUCAGGAGCUGGAGAAGAAGACGCGUUUAAACCAAUUUGGCAGUUCUAUGAUGCGAUGGAAGUAUUUUCAAAGGAUGUAUACGAAUGCAAAAGCAUCUGCAAUAGUGAAGAACAUACUCAAGACGGGGAGGAAAGUUUACGCACAGAUGAACUUGAUGUUGGGAGAAGUAACAGUACAACCGAAGUGCAAAAUAGCGAUGCAGGAAACAGCGCCUUACAAUAUCCUUCACAGAAUAGUAACCCUGCAACUGCUUCUAAAGUGGUACAGAAACGUCGAUCACAAAAUCCGCCUGAAUUACAGGAAGCCAACAAGCACAUGAACAUUGCAUUCAGUACACUAAAUAGCGUGUUACAAAGUAAGAAACAUCAAGAAGACAAAGAAAAUGAUGACGCUGGUUUGUUUUGUAAACUUCUAGCAAAACAGCUCAGGGAUUUCCCUAAAGAGGAAAGAGAUGAGUUAAUGUACGAAAUCCAUGGAUUGAUCAUUAACAAACGUCAUCGCAGCAGCGGCCGAAUGCUGCAGCCCGCUAUUUCGUCUCCUAUCACAGUCGCAGUCUACACUACUACAGUCGCAGUUCAUCGGCACACGGUUCCUAUUACUCGAAUGAUUCGCUGCCAAGAAACAUCUCUCCGAGCUCACACUUCAUUCAACAGCGUUCUUUGUACUCUGAUACAUCUCCGCAAAUAA